ACCGAUAUUUCAUAUUAUUUAAGCGCUUUCCGCACGAAGUAUCUCCAGAAAUCAGAAAUGUCUGUGCUUUGGUCGCAUUUGAAGCGUGCUAAACUAAGAAAUAAAUGCUGCUUACUAGCAUCGUUAGGCGACACGACUUUCCAUACUGUGGCCAUGGUUUUCAAAGUAGUACAAUUUCAAACAUAAAAACAAAGACAUUCACGUGACUUUUGUUUUGUCGGCAACUGUACCUAACCUCAACUGUACCCACUCUCUUGCAGUUGUGGACAAAAGUAAAAGAAUUUAGUGCCCACCAUGUAUCUGUACAACCUGACCCUGCAGAAGGGUACCGGGGUGACCCACGCGGUCCACGGAAACUUCUCCGGCGGCAAGCAGCAGGAGGUGCUCCUGUCGCGUGGCAAGUCGCUGGAGCUACUGCGUCCCGAUUCCAACACCGGCAAGGUGCACACCCUGCUCUCCACGGAGAUAUUCGGCUGCAUUCGCGCCCUGAUGGCCUUUCGACUGACGGGCGGUACUAAAGAUUACAUUGUUGUGGGUUCCGACUCGGGACGCAUUGUGAUCCUUGAGUAUAAUGCCUCCAAGAAUGCACUCGAAAAAGUGCACCAGGAGACGUUUGGAAAGUCGGGAUGUCGCAGGAUUGUGCCUGGGCAAUACUUUGCCAUCGAUCCCAAGGGCAGAGCCGUGAUGAUUGGCGCGGUGGAGAAGCAAAAGCUGGCCUACAUCAUGAACCGGGACACGCAGGCUCGCCUCACGAUCUCAUCGCCCCUGGAGGCCCACAAAUCGAAUACCCUGACAUAUCACAUGGUUGGCGUGGAUGUGGGCUUCGAUAAUCCCAUGUUCGCCUGCCUGGAGAUCGACUACGAGGAGGCCGACAUGGAUCCAUCGGGUGACGCCGCCCAGCGCACUCAGCAAACGCUUACCUUCUACGAGUUGGAUCUCGGCCUGAACCACGUGGUUCGCAAAUACUCGGAGCCCUUGGAAGAGCACGCCAACUUCUUGGUAUCCGUGCCUGGAGGCAACGAUGGUCCUUCGGGCGUGCUCAUCUGCUCGGAGAACUACCUCACGUACAAGAAUCUCGGCGACCAACACGAUAUCCGCUGUCCCAUUCCGCGCAGGAGAAACGAUCUGGAUGAUCCCGAGAGGGGCAUGAUCUUCAUCUGCUCCGCCACGCAUCGCACCAAGAGCAUGUACUUCUUCUUGCUGCAGACCGAGCAGGGGGACAUCUUCAAGAUCACGCUGGAAACGGACGAUGAUGUGGUGUCCGAGAUCAAGCUGAAGUACUUCGAUACAGUGCCUCCGGCAACUGCCAUGUGCGUGCUGAAGACGGGUUUCCUGUUCGUGGCCAGCGAGUUUGGCAACCACUAUUUGUAUCAGAUCGCACACCUGGGCGACGACGACGACGAGCCGGAGUUCAGUUCCGCCAUGCCUUUGGAGGAGGGUGAAACCUUCUUCUUUGCGCCACGUGCCCUGAAGAACCUGGUGCUGGUGGAUGAGCUGCCCUCCUUCGCACCGAUCAUCACCUCCCAGGUGGCUGAUCUGGCCAACGAGGAUACCCCGCAAUUGUACGUCCUUUGCGGCCGGGGACCUCGUUCCACUUUGCGAGUGCUUCGCCACGGCCUGGAGGUCUCCGAGAUGGCCGUUUCCGAGCUGCCCGGUAAUCCCAAUGCGGUGUGGACUGUGAAGAAACGAGCUGAUGACGAGUUUGACGCCUACAUCAUCGUGUCCUUCGUGAACGCCACCCUGGUCUUGAGCAUUGGCGAAACCGUCGAGGAAGUCACGGACAGUGGCUUCCUGGGCACCACGCCCACGCUCUGUUGUGCCGCCCUGGGCGACGACGCGCUGGUUCAGGUGUAUCCCGAUGGCAUUCGACACAUCCGGUCCGACAAGCGUGUGAACGAGUGGAAGGCUCCGGGCAAGAAGUCCAUUACCAAGUGCGCCGUGAAUCAGCGCCAGGUGGUCAUCACCUUGUCCGGCAGGGAGUUGGUCUACUUCGAAAUGGAUCCGAGUGGCGAGUUAAACGAGUACACCGAGCGCUCCGAAAUGCCUGCUGAGAUUAUGUGCAUGGCCUUGGGCACUGUUCCGGAUGGCGAGCAGAGAUCCUGGUUCUUGGCCGUUGGCCUGGCGGAUAAUACCGUGCGUAUCCUGUCGCUGGAUCCCAACAACUGUCUCACUCCCUGCUCCAUGCAAGCCCUGCCCUCGCCGGCCGAAUCCCUUUGCCUGGUCGAAAUGGGUCACACCGAGAGCACCACGCAGGGAGCCUUGGAUGACGAUGCGCCCGCUCAGCGCAGUGGCAGCAAUAAGGGAACCAUUUACCUGAACAUUGGCUUGAGCAACGGCGUGCUGCUGCGAACUGUGCUCGAUCCAGUUUCGGGCGAUUUGGCAGACACCCGCACGAGAUAUUUGGGCUCCCGACCCGUAAAGCUCUUCCGGAUCAAGAUGCAGGGAGCCGAAGCGGUGCUGGCCAUGUCCAGCCGCACCUGGCUGUCGUACUACCAUCAAAAUCGAUUCCAUUUGACUCCCUUGUCCUACGAAACCCUGGAGUACGCUUCUGGCUUCUCCAGCGAACAGUGCAGCGAAGGUAUUGUGGCUAUAUCCACCAACACCUUGAGGAUCUUGGCCCUGGAGAAACUGGGUGCCGUCUUCAAUCAAGUGGCGUUCCCCCUGCAGUACACGCCACGCACCUUCGUCAUCCAUCCGGACACGGGCCGCAUGUUGAUUGCGGAGACCGAUCACAACGCCUAUACAGAGGACACGAAGAGUGCCCGGAAGGAGCAAAUGGCGGAGGAGAUGCGCAGUGCAGCGGGCGAUGAGGAGAGGGAGUUGGCCCGCGAAAUGGCCAAUGCUUUUAUCAACGAAGUCCUUCCCGAAGACGUCUUCUCGUCGCCCAAGGCAGGACUGGGUCUUUGGGCCUCGCAGAUCCGUUGCCUGGACGCCAUGCAUGGUCAGACGAUGUUCAAUGUGCCGCUCACCCAAAACGAGGCCAUUAUGUCCAUGGCCAUGCUGAAGUUCUCCAUAGCAGCCGAUGGCCGCUAUUACCUGGCUGUGGGUAUCGCCAAGGAUCUGCAGCUGAAUCCCAGGAUUUCGCAAGGUGGCUGCAUAGAUAUCUACAAAAUAGACCCCACCUGCUCCAGUCUGGAGUUCAUGCACCGCACAGAGAUCGACGAGAUUCCAGGUGCCCUCUGUGGCUUCCAGGGUCGUCUACUGGCUGGCUGCGGUCGAAUGCUACGCAUCUACGAUUUCGGCAAGAAGAAAAUGCUGCGCAAGUGCGAGAACAAGCACAUUCCCUAUCAGAUUGUCAAUAUCCAAGCCAUGGGCCAUCGUGUUUACGUGUCGGAUGUUCAGGAAUCUGUGUUUUUCAUACGCUAUCGUCGCGCGGAGAACCAGCUGAUCAUAUUUGCCGAUGACACCCAUCCUCGUUGGGUGACGGCCACAACUCUGCUGGACUACGACACCAUAGCCAUUGCCGAUAAAUUUGGAAACCUGAGCAUUCAGCGAUUGCCCCACUCGGUGACCGACGAUGUGGAUGAGGAUCCAACGGGCACCAAGUCUUUGUGGGAUCGCGGCCUGCUGUCGGGUGCUUCGCAGAAGUCGGAGAACAUUUGCUCCUUCCACGUGGGCGAGAUCAUCAUGUCGCUGCAGAAGGCUACGCUAAUUCCUGGAGGAUCGGAAGCCCUGAUAUACGCUACACUAAGUGGCACUGUGGGAGCUUUUGUUCCGUUCACCAGUCGCGAGGACUACGACUUCUUCCAGCACCUGGAGAUGCACAUGCGCAAUGAGAACCCGCCACUUUGUGGACGCGACCAUCUCAGCUACAGGAGCUCCUAUUAUCCGGUCAAAAACGUACUGGAUGGCGAUCUCUGCGAGCAGUAUCUGUCCAUUGAGGCAGCCAAGCAGAAAAGCAUCGCUGGCGACAUGUUCCGCACUCCCAACCAGAUCUGCAAGAAACUGGAGGACAUUCGCACGCGAUACGCCUUCUAAGUUACCAGCAAAAGGAAACUACAAACCCAUAGGAAACUCUUCUUUUUGACUAGUUUCCGUGGGCAAAUCCAUCAAACGCUGCACCCAAAACGUUUUGAAGUUCAAUCGGGAAAAUUACAAUGACCCUACAUUAGGACCGUUUUCAAGAUCUUCGCACGUUGGGGUAUGUGGCGCUUAGUUGUACUAAAUUAUACAUUAGAUCGUACAUCUAUACUAACUGCACAUUAAAUCACCAAUCAACCACUAAUCGACUGCCGCAUAUUUAAACUAGCAUAAGUGCACUGCGAAUUCGACAAUUUGCACAACCUAAAUUUAAACCAUUAAGUCUAAGCGAUUCUUAAAUAAAAAGUAACCAAAAACGAA